UGGUUGGCAGUACGCUAGAAACUGGUGAGCGAGAGCGACGUGACUGUGUGUGUGCGUCCGCGAAAAAACACGACCCUCGAACUUUUCUCUGUUGGAACGCCCCCAGUCUCCUACUUCCCCCCUUCUCUCUCUCCUACAGGAGGAAGUUUCCCCCCCACUCUUAAGGAGACGUCCUUCCAUCCUUCCUUUUUCUCUCUCUUCUCUUCCUCUCUCUUUCUCUUCUCUUCAACCUCUCCAUCGAGCUUCCCUUAAACGCGACAUGAUGGCCGAAACUCACCCCAAGUCCGAGGUGUCGUCCACGGUGACCACCUCCCCGACCUACGCCGCCCCUCAGAAGUCGUCGGGAAUCUCGCUGUGCCUCGAGUACUUCAAGACGGCCCCGGGAAUCAUCAAGAUCAUCGAGCUGGUGAUCGGCAUCUUUUGCAUGGCCUGCGCAGCCCCGGCCUGGACGAACGGCACGCACUGGUUCCUGUUCGUCGUCGUCACAGCCUUCGUGUCAACAGCCCUCUGGUGUUUCCUCUACCUUCUGAAUCUCAAGAACGCCAUCAACCUCCCGAUUGACUGGCUCCUCACUGAACUCAUUCUAACAGCUCUCUUUGCGGUGCUUUACAUAAUAGCUAGCAUUGUCCAGUUAAUCAGCUCUGUCACAAGGCCGCGGCCACCCAGUCGCCUGAAACCCUUCUACAUAUUGUCGGGGAUCUUCGGCAUCUUCAACCUGAUCGCGUACGGCAUCGGCUCCUUCUACCUGUACCGCGACUGGAAGGACAGCCACCCCCACUCCUCCUUCUCCGGCUCCGUCCUCAAGCGCAACCCCUAGAGCUCGAGAGGAGGGGAAAUUAGGACAACAAAAUGUGUGGAAGAGCAUGUGUGUGCAUGGCUGUGGAUCCCGAUUGACGAGCCAGUGACGUGGGCGCCGAUUGACUCCGCCCGCCAUGCAGGACUCGGCUCUGCAUGUGUCGAUGGCUGAGCUCAUAUUAUUUUUUUUUUAACACUGUCUGUUAACCAUCCAAUGUAAGGAAUGAACAUCAUGUAGGAGAUCGAGACAUUACAUAUAUGGAAUUAUAAAGGAAACACUUCAGUGGAGUAUAAACUGUCAUAGUCUGUGGGAAAAAAAAAUCUCAUCGCCAAUGCAAGCACUUGAUCUCAAUUGCAUCAAAGUCGUUUUUCUUUCUUAAAAACUUCAAAGCCUCGAAACUCCACUGAGACUCUCGUACAGCUCAAAAUCAAGGCAUCCAUGAAAGAUGUUUAUAAGGACGCUAUUCAAGUGCUUUUCCAUUGUGAAUCAAAAUUAUGUGUAACCUCUUGCCUUGCCCAUCCUCAGUACAAGCCUCAUCUCUGUGGAAUUCCCCCCAUUUUAAUUUUAUUUGUACUGUAGAACAUGUUUUUUUUUUUUUUCGUACUGUAUGUCUCGCUUUUCCAUGAAAUGAAAUGAAGAAAGCACUAGUCGACGGAAAAGAAGAAUGUACCCGGUAAUCUUUGUUCAUGAGACAGUUUCAGUGACUCGUACAGCUUAAUAUGAGCAGAUCCCUUUUUAGCUGAAGAAAAUUUAUAUCAUCUGAAGAAUGAAUCAAAAAAAUAAAUAAAAUAAAAAAAAAAGUUCCCAUAAACACACCUGUACAUUAUAGGUGUCUAUGAAAUAUUUUUGUUUUGUUUUAAUAGGGGGACAUGUUUAAUAGAACUAACUUUUAGUUUAGUAGUCAAAGUUUAUUAUUGUGACCUGUUUACUUAUGCUUUAAUGUAUAGUUUACUGUGUAAUAUAAUAUAUUUCUCUAAAAAAGAAACACUCACAGUCUAGCACAUUAUCAAUAUUAUGAUAUAUCCAUAGUGAUAAACAGUAAAAUUUGAAAAAAAAGCUUACUCAUACAAAUAUUCAGAUCUUAUUUUUAACCACAUAAACCUUUACAGUAUGUUUAAUUACUAACCAUGUAAUGUAUUCUGACUCCAAGUUUAAGACCAAGUAUUCUAGUAACAAGUUUUUCUUCAAUGUCACAUCAGUUUCUAGUAAUAGGGAGCAUGGUAUUUAAGAUGUGGAAGAUAAUUUUAGAACUUGGUGUGGAUAUAAUGAAUGUAAUUGGCAUAGAAAUGAAAAACUUUAAUAAUGAAUGAAUGAAAAUAUGUUUUUUUCUGUGACAUAGCAGUGGUAUCAAGUUAUUUGACUCUCUCUCUCUCUCUCUCUCUCUCUCUCUCUCUCUCUCUCUCUCUCUCUCUCUCUCUCUCUCUCUCUCUCUCUCUCUCUC